AUGUCGUCCUUGUUCUGGCGACAGUUUCGAGUCCUGUUCUGGAAGAAUUGGAUAGUACUCUCCAAGCACCCCAUUUUAAAUGUUCUGCGAUGCUUUGUUCUACCGGUUGCAUAUGGUAUCUUUCUCGCUGUUGCUCAAGUAUUCUUGAUCAAGAGGAACAACAAUGGCCUCGGAAUCCCUGCACCGAUAUACAAUCUCCGUGAUCAAUUUGACAAGAAAUUGUCUUUAGUAUGGGUCGAUGCAACGAACCAACAAAGCUCACCCACGCCCAGCGAAAUAAUGGCACAAGUGACCCAGACCUUCACUUCAUCACAAAAGAACGCUGUACGACAACUCAGAAAUCCGUCCGACAUCCCAGCAACGUGUCCUCAGAACUUCAAUCUGUUCUCUGAAUGUUUUGCUGGGAUCGUGUUCAAUGAUAUACCGUCUGCUGGAAGCGCUAACCUAACACGUCCAGUCAACUAUACGAUUCGAGCAGAUGGCGGAUUAUUCUUGAUAGAUGUGGAUCACAACAGUGAUUUUGAGAAGAGAAUUUUGCCACUGCAAUGGGCGAUAGACAAGGCCAUCAUAGAAUUGCAAACUGGUGUUGAAGUCUUGACGCCAUUGGAGUGGCCGUUUACGAUACAGACUAAUGAAGAACAGGAUACCGACAUUCGUCUCGGUUACAUUCGCGGUCUCCGUACCCUGCUCGUGUUAGCAUUGUGUGUCGGCUUUGUAGGCAUUGCGUACCAGCUUCCUGGAGCGGUUACUGCGGAAAGGGCCAGUGCAGUAACGUCUCACAUGAAAGCUAUGGGAUUACUCGACUCUGCCAAGAUACUAUCAUGGCACCUCAGUAUAUCUCUUGCAUAUAUUCCAGCGUGGACCAUCGUUUCACUCAUAUGGCACUAUCGGAUAUUCACCGAAACCAAUGCUGGACUGGUCUUCGUCAUACAUAUCCUCUUUGGCCUCAAUCUAGCCAGCUACUCGUUCUUUGUCGCUGCACCGUUCGGCAAAAGUCCGCAGCUCGCCGCAGUCGCCUCCACUUUGCUAACCAUUGUUUUGGCUAUCCUUGCUUUGGUUUUCAAACAAGCAAGCACAGGAGCCGCAUUCAUAUUUUCAAUCAUUUUUCCGCCUGGGUGGUAUAUCUUCGUUAUCCGAGCUAUCUGUGGAUGGGAAAAUAACCGUAAAGCAAGUAAUUUGUUAAAGCGAGACCCGGAUACCGGGCUGGUACUGUUGCCGUUGAUUAUUGCUGCAGUUAUUGAUAUCUUCCUCUGGCCCUGGCUCGGCUCCCUCUUGGAAAAUCGUCUUUACGACGCCAGGAACCCGAAGCAAAGCAAAAAAGGAACCCGGUGGUUCUCGUUUUCUCGUUCGCGACGGGUCGGGGGCGAAGAUGGACCAUCAAUGUCGCCAGACACCGCUAUAUCAGUGCGAAAUCUUGAAAAGACAUUCAAUACGUCGUUCUUUCGGUCAAAGAAGGGUCUUGUUACCGCAGUGGCUGACCUAACGUUGGAAAUUCCAAAGUAUGGAAUCUACGUACUACUUGGGUCGAACGGUGCCGGGAAGUCAACUACACUCUCGAUCCUUGCCGGAUUGAUUGGUCGCACAAGAGGCUCUGUUCAAUUUGAAAACGGCAAUGAUCCACCCACAGAUACACCUAAACGAGGGACCAUGGGAAUCGUACCUCAGAAGAAUGUUCUAUUUCCGGAGUUGACCUGUUAUCAAACCUUACGAGUCUGGAGAGACGUCAAGUGGUCGAACAAUUCACAUGAAAGAGAGGAUUUGGAACAGCUUUUGAAGGACUGCGAUUUGGGGGCGAAGAUUCAUUCGAACGCAAACAAUCUUUCUGGUGGUCAGAAACGGAAAUUGCAGUUGGCCAUAGGCCUUGUUGGAGGCUCGAAAAUUGUUCUCGUAGAUGAGUGCACCUCUGGUGUAGAUCCGUUGUCACGUCGUGCGCUUUGGAGGACGUUGACCUCCUUCCGGCACGAACGCACCAUCGUUUUUACUACCCACUUUUUGGAUGAAGCGGAUCUUUUAGCAGACCAUAUCGCCAUUUUGGCUGCGCCCGGAAAACUUGUCGCCCAAGGGACUCCCGUUGCUCUAAAGCGCGACCUUGGCGGAGGGUACACCAUCCAGAUCACCUUUAGCACCUCGUCCAAUGCGACCUCAGUUCUUCAGGCUAUCAAAGAAAGCCAUGCUCCCGAGACACAGCUGUCAGUUGUUACACCCCGACAGGCACAAUACCACUUAAGAUCCAAAGACUCUGACGUGGUUGAAAAGGUGCUUUCAUUACUGGACCAGAGAAGACAGGAAUUUAGCGUUGUGUCGUAUGAUGUCCUCGGGACGACCAUUGAAGAUAUUUUCUUGGACCUCAUGCGGAAGGAUGAUCUGUCUAACGCUGCGGUGGACCCCCUUCCAGAUAAUCGAAGAUCCACUGAGAGCUCCGUGUCAAUGGCCGUUGAUUCUCCUCCUCAGUCCGAGAAGUUCAAUGCACCUCUUGCACUGUCAUCCGGAAGAAAAACUUCACCAUUGGGUCAGGCAUUCACUAUAUUCCAUAAACGUUGUUUGAUAGCUCGCCGAAGCUGGUUAACGCCGGUCCUUGCCAUGCUCGUUGCUAUAGCAGGGUGCACCAUACCUCUCGUUUUCGUUCGCAAACUACCGCCGACAUGUGUCAGAACCUUCCGAAACUCUACAUCUUUACCACUCUUCCUCCCCGCUUCGGGUCUUGAUCCUUUGAUAUCGCUUACCCCAGUGGACCCCUUGGACCGACCCCUCGUCUCGCCGCCCAAUUUGAUGUCAACAUUGGGGAACUCUACUCGGUUCUUCAGGGUCACAGACCUGCCAGAUAAUACUACUUUCGUUGAAACCGUGACGAAGAAUUAUAGGAAUGUUAGCUUGGGCGGAAUUUCUAUGGAUUUAAAUACUGGGAAUGCACUAGUUGCUUGGGAAGGUUCAUCCCCGGGAUACAAAGGGCCUCCGAUGCUCAAUCUCGCGUCGAAUAUUCUAUACAACCGUGCUUUGAAUACAUCCGGCAAAGCAGGUGGUGCACCCGCGAUCAUUCAACCCACGUAUUCGCCGUUUCCACCUGUUUCUGGAGGGACCCUGUCCUCUCUUCGGUGGGUGGCUUUCUUUGGUGCUGCGAUGUCUGUAUAUCCCGCCUUUUUUGCCAUCUAUGUUUCAAAGGAACGGGUAUCUGCUGUUCAAGCUAUGCAAUUUUCGAACGGUCUUACCAACACUGCUGGACUUUGGUUGGGACAUUUAAUGUUCGAUUCAAUUUUUGCUGUCAUUUCCGCGACGAUCAUUAUCAUUGUAUUUGCUACUGCAUCGAACCAAUUUCAUGGUCCUGGAUUUUUCUGGCUAGUGAUGUUACUAUAUGGAAUAGCCGGGACAUUGUUCGCGUAUUGUCUGUCGCUGAUGGUAUCGUCGCCUUUAGCUGCCUUCGCUGUCGUCGCAGGAUACCAAAUUGUCAUUUUCUUGUUAUACAUUGCGUCUUAUCUUCUCAUCCUCACCUACGCCAAAACAUCUGAAGCUGGUCGAAUCAUGACAACCACUCACUUCACUUUGUCGCUUCUGUCUCCCGUGGCUAGUGUUACCCGAGCUUCCCUCGUAUCUGUGAAUCUCUUUUCGCUCUUAUGCAUUGGUGAUCAGUUGGAUCCUAAAGCGAUGGGCGAUAUCAUGCGAUAUGGAGGACCCAUAUUGUAUCUUAUCGUCUACUGUUUUGUUCUGUUCGGCAUUUUGGUCUGGUAUAAUUCGGGGUCUAUCAUUUCCAAAAAACGUAAAGGAAAGAAACAUGCGGAGCCGGAGGGUGGGGACAUUACAGAUCAUGAGGAUGUUCUGAACGAGGAAAAAACUGUUUCGACCUCGGAUGAUCUCCUUCGCGUGCUCGACGUCUCAAAAUCGUUUGAUGGGAACAAAGUCGUUGACAACGUCAGCCUCGGUGUAGCUCGGGAUGCCAUAUUCGCCCUACUUGGCCCUAACGGGGCUGGCAAAACUACUACUUUCAAUAUGAUACGUGGUGACAUUAUACCGGAUGUAGGAGAUGUUUUCAUAACGGGGACUAGCGUAAUACGACAUCCAAAGACUGCAAGAUCCGGUCUGGGAGUGUGCCCUCAGUUUACCGCCAUCGACUCUCAGCUCACUGUCAGGGAGCACCUUAUUAUCUACGGAAAACUCAAGGGUUUAGAGAGCGGCGAUGUCUUGAACAGCAAUGUCGAUACGAUUCUCCACGCAACCGCUCUAAUGGCCUAUGCGGAUAGACUAGCAAGUAAACUUUCCGGUGGUAAUCAAAGAAAACUAUCUCUCGCGAUUGCUUUGAUAGGAAAUCCAUCGGUGGUCCUGAUCGACGAAUUCUCGACCGGAAUAGACGCAAAAAUGAAGCGGGAGAUGUGGAUGACAUUGCGUAAUGUAUCAGUCGGGAAAGCAGUGAUAAUAACGACUCAUUCCAUGGAAGAAGCCUCAGCUCUUGCGACGAAAGUUGGUAUACUGGCGAAGCGGAUGCUCGCUGUGGGAACGAUCGAUUCAUUAUCCGCCCGCUAUGGCAAUUACGAAGUUCACUUUUCGUGUCGAACAAGGGAGGAUCUAUCCAAAGCUCAAGUUUUGAUGUCAAAAGUUCCUGGUGCUCGACUCGCAGACGACGUCGCAACACGAUUUGAGGUCCCAAUCAGCUCAGAGUCGGGGACUGGGACUUCUUUAGCCCAACUCUUCCAUCUACUCUCAACCAGCGACCACCUCUCAGAACACACGGUUGAGAGAGCGAGUCUGGAGAGCAUAUUUUUGAAGGUUAUUCGCCAGAAUAGUGUUUCUGAGGAAGACACACGCACACGACGUCGUAGAUGGUGGAAGUUUUGA